CUCUCUCUGUCUCUCUUCUCGCCCAAGAAACCUCACGCACUUCCACCGGCACCGUCUUCGUCAUCACCGCCGAUUACCGUUGAUCGGAGCUCGGCCGUUCCUUCCCCUCCCCCUCUCUCGCGGCCGGAAAUUCCAGCUCCUGCCAUGGCCGCGACGAUCGAGCUGAAGGACGAGGGCGAAGGGGAGCGCGUGGCGACCUCCGAUUUCUUCUUCGCCCGGAUUGGCGACCCGGUGCCGGUCAACUCCCCGGGGGGCGGCGGCGGCGGCGAUGCUAGGCCGUACGGCCCCGGCCGCCUCCCGUCCCGGCCGCUCGCCGUCUCCGGGCCGUUAGACCUCAUCUUCGUGGCCCACUCCUCUGGGUUUUGCGUCGCGCGGACCUGGAGUGUGAUGGAGUCGGCGAAGAGGAUUAAGGAGGGGUUGAGAGGUCGUUCCGUGCGGGACCUGAGCAUCGUGAACGUACGCAUGGGGCCUGUUGGCUUGCUCUCGCUUUCUCCUGAUUCUUUGAGGCUUGCGGCUUCUACUGGGAGGAUUGUUCACUUCUUCUCGGUUGAAUCGUUUCUCAAUAACCAGGAACGAUAUCUUUUUUCCUGCUGAUUAGGUGAAGGAAGUUCUCUAAAGGACAUGAAGUGGCUAAAGAAGGGACAUAAUUCAUACAUUCUUCUGACAAGUCGCGGGAACCUGCAUCUUCGGAGCAUUAAUGGACAUUUAAAGUGUUUAAUGGAUAAUGUUGAUGCCGUUGACUGCAGUGCAAAAGAAGAUUAUAUUGCUGUGGCAAGGAAUGGCAGCCUAAGUAUUCUUUCAUCCAAAUUAAAUGAGAAGUUGCACAUCGCAUUGUCACUCCAACCACGGACAGGAGAGUCUGACGAAUUUAGUGUGAAAGUGGAUUCUCUCAAGUGGGUUCGUCCCGAUUGCAUCGUUCUAGGGUGCUUUCAACUUACCUCAAACGGCAUGGAGGAAGGUUAUCUUUUGCAAGUAAUCAGGACCAGAGACGGCAAAUUUUUUAAUGCUUCUUCUGAGGUGAUACUGCAGUCCUUUUGUGAUGUUUUCCCUGGAAUUGUGGAUGAUAUUAUUCCCGCAGGAUGUGGGCCGCAUCUGUUCUUUAACUAUUUGGAACAACGCAAGCUUGCAAUUGCAGCUAACCGACAAAAUGUGGACCAGCACAUUAUCCUGUUCAGUUGGUCGCUUGGUGAGGAGAUGAAUGAAGCAGUACUUGUUGAUAUUGAUCGAGAUAACUGGCUUCCAAGAAUUGAGCUUCAAGAAAAUGGCGACGACAAUUCAAUCCUGGGGCUUUGCAUUGACAAAGUAUCCAUGGAUGAGAAAGUCAGAAUUCAACUUGGAGUUGAGGAACAAAAGGACCUUUCGCCAUUUUGCAUCCUUUUUUGUCUUUCUCUUGAAGGAAAGCUCAUUAUGUUCAAUGUUGCCUGUGUUGCAGAACAAACUGAUUUUCCUGACACUGGCUGGCCGGCUGACGGGGAAGAGAAUAUUUCUGGAGUUGAAGCCCAAGAAGAAGUCAGUUCCACUGUUUCCUCAGGUUUGGGAGAGGUGAUUUCACAGCAGGUUUCUACAGCUCAUCAAAUUCAGGACAUCAACACAAUAGGAUACAACUUACCAAAAGAUCGUGAGAUUGCUGUUAAAGCUGACACAAAGUCUUUUGAGUCUGCAACAGCCAGACAAAUAACUAAUCAAACAGAGAGGAAAGAAGCUAUAACCGGAAAAUGGAAUCUAAAUUCAUUUGCACAUCCACAAGGAUCUAAUCUAAUGGAGAAGGCUCUGGAUGAAAAGCAUUUAGUUGGCGCAGUUUCCACUCAGUCUCUCUUUCCAAGGCCCCAAAGCACAUUUCUUGACCAAUCAACAUCGAAGCUCCCACUGCCUGAGGAAAUACAGAACAUCACAGAGAGCAACGAAGAUUCUAAACAGAUUGUAGGGGUUGGAUCUAGUCCUUCAUUUGUGGAAAAAUUUAGAGUUAAUUCCAGUACCACUGCUCAAUUGAUGCAAAAUGAUGUUCAGGCUGGUCAGAGAGUGGCAGCUGAAACAGCUUCACAUGGUUUUCAGAUAUCUCCAUCUCAGACAUGGCUGAGUGGGAAAGGCACAUCUUCAAAGAGCUUUGAAUCAAGUUCUGCAUUCACUUCAAAUCAAUUUGAAGGCAAUAAGUUUCAAGCUGCCUUUGGUGUAGCUUCUUCCAAUGUUCCAAGUACUCCUUUUGGAAAUCCCAUACCCAAAGAAGGUGCUGCCCCGCCUACUUCAGUCAACCUAUCUGGUGUUCCAAUCAAAGGUGGAGGACAGAGAGCUUCGAAGGAGUUCGGGAUUAUCGAGCCAUUGCCUUCUAUUCAUAGCUCGCAGUUGCUGCAGGAAAGCUCUGCUUCGGGUUUACCAUCUAGCCAUCAUUUGUAUCCCUCCAUGGAUAACAUAAAAAGUCUGCUCAAGACUGGGAUGUCUAAGAAGGAUCCAAUCACAUCAAAACAAUCUGGCAAUAUCAAGGAGAUGGUCAAUGAACUGGACACACUUUUGGACUCUAUAGUGCGGAAGGGUGGCUUUAAGGAUGCAUGUACUAUCUCAUUGAAAGGUCCAGUUGAAGAGAUAGAAGACAGAAUCGGGAAUCUUUCUAGCCAAUACAUGAUGUGGAAGAGUAUAGUGGAGGAACGACUUGAAGAAGUUCAAAGCCUACUUGACAACACCGUACAAGUUUUGGCAAGGAAAAUGUAUGUGGAAGGAAUUGUUAAACAAGCCAAGGAUGAUCAAUAUUGGGAACUUUGGAAUCGGCAGAAGUUGAGUACGGAACUGGAGAUGAAGCAGCAACAUAUUUUGAAACUAAACCAGGAUCUGACUAAUGAGCUGAUUAAAUUAGAAAGGCACUUCGAUACUCUGGAACUUAACAAAUUUGGUGACAUAAGUGAAGCUCAUGGAGGUCGAAGAGCUCUCCAAAAUAGAUACGAGCCUGCCAGAUCAAUUCAAUCCUUAAAAAGUUUAUAUAACACGAUGACAUCUCAAAUAAUGGCUGCCGAGCAACUUUCUGACUGUCUCUCAAGACAAAUGUCAGUGUUGAGUAUUGAGUCACCUUCAGUUAAGCAGAACGUUAAAAAGGAAUUGUUUGAUGAAAUUGGCCUUGGAUCUACUCCCAAUUCGACCGCACCUAAGGGAAGCCCGUUUGGUGUUUCUUUUGGUAGUGCCGCAACAACCCCAACAAGCUAUCCAUUUGCUAUGGCAGCACCUAGUGGAGAGCUGUUUCGCUCUGCUUCUUUCAAUUUCCAGUCUCUACAAUCUUCACAGCCAUCACAACCACCAAAUGCAAGUGCUUUCUCUGGAGCCUUUGGUACUCCAACAAAUGCUCAAGUUCCCACUCAGAGUGGAUUUGGUCAGCCAUAACAGAUUGGACCUGGUCAACCCGCUCUUGGAUCAGUUCUUGGGACUUUUGGACAGUCGAGACAGAUUGGCUCUGGUUUUGGAGGUGCUGGCUUUGCAUCUUCUAGCAGUGUUGGUGGGGGUUUUGCCACUGCUAGUUCAACUGGUGGUUUUUCUUCCUCCGCCACUGCUGGUGGAUUUGCAGGGGUUGGUUCUACUGGAGGUGGGUUUGCUGCUUUAGCAUCUUCUGGCGGUGUUUUUGGUGGUAUGGGUUCAGGCGGUGGUGGAUUAGGUGGUGCAGCCUCAGCUGGUGGUGGAUUUGGAGGAUUUGCUGUGGCUGCUUCAUCCGGUACUGGAUUUGCAGUAGCUGCUCCUGGGGGAGGAUUUUCGACUGGAGCUGGUUUUGGGGCGUUCGGCAGCCAACAAGGUGCAGGUGCCUUCUCUGCUUUUGGUGGUGGUGGAAAUGCAAAACCACCUGAGCUUUUCACACAGAUGAGAAAUAUAGUUUCAGCAGAGAUCACGGGAACUUCAGAAUGAUAUAAUUACAUAGGUUAGCAAAGUCAACUAAUUAUCUAGUGGCAGUACCUUCUCUUUUAAUCCUGGCGCCACCAGACUAGUUCUCAUGUACCACAAUAUGACAGCAUGAUGGUCUGCAUAUCUUUUGGCCGUGGCUUGCACUUGUUGUGAGUGCGCUUUCACUUGCGAUUUUUCCUGUAUAGCGGAAACAUAGUUUUAUAGGGAUUGUUCUGGCAGGUAUAUUUAUCGGUUAAAGACUGCAAACUUAAUGUUACCCAAGGCAACGAAGUUUCUCUUCUUUUACAA